GUCACGCGUGCGCAGGCCUGGGCGGAAGCGGCGGCGGCGGCAGUAGCAGCGUGCGGGGAAGGCGGUGGCCGGGAUGCGGGUGAAGGUGCUGAGCCGCAACCCCGACGACUAUGUGCGGGAGACCAAGCAUGAUCUGCAGCGCGUUCCAAGAAACUAUGACCCUGUAUUGCAUCCAUUUGAAGUUCCGCGAGAGUACACAAGAGCUCUGAAUGCAACAAAGCUAGAACGUGUGUUUGCAAAACCCUUUCUUAGCUCACUUGAUGGCCACAGAGAUGGAGUUAAUUGCAUGGCAAAACACCCGAAGAGUUUGUCCACAGUGCUGUCUGGAGCUUGUGAUGGAGAGGUUAAAAUUUGGAACUUGACCAAACGACAGUGUAUUCGUACUAUACAAGCCCACGAAGGCUUUGUUCGCGGCAUGUGUGCUCGUUUCUGUGGCACAUCAUUCUUUACUGUUGGCGAUGACAAAACUGUGAAGCAGUGGAAAAUGGAGAGCCCGGAAUAUGGAGAAGAAGAAGAACCUAUUCACACAAUUCUUGGAAAGACAGUGUAUACAGGAAUUGAUCACCACUGGAAGGAUGCUGUUUUUGCCACCUGUGGCCAUCAAGUGGACAUUUGGGAUGAGCAAAGGACUAGUCCCAUGUGUUCUUUGACAUGGGGUUUUGAUAGCAUAAGCAGCGUAAAAUUUAAUCCUGUUGAGACGUACCUUUUGGGAAGCUGUGCUUCGGACAGAAAUAUUGUGUUAUAUGAUAUGAGAAAAUCAACUCCAUUAAAGAAGGUUAUCUUGAAUAUGAGGACAAACACAAUAUGUUGGAACCCCAUGGAAGCUUUCAUUUUUACUGCAGCAAAUGAAGAUUACAACUUAUAUACUUUUGAUAUGCGCUUCCUUGAAUCACCUGUGAUGGUGCAUAUGGAUCACGUGUCUGCUGUUCUUGAUGUGGAUUAUUCACCCACUGGGAAAGAAUUUGUCUCUGCCAGCUUUGAUAAGUCUGUCCGCAUCUUUCCUGUAGACAAAGGUCACAGCAGGGAGGUGUAUCACACAAAGCGAAUGCAGCACGUCAUCACUGUCAAAUGGACUUCAGAUAACAAAUACAUUCUGUGUGGCUCAGAUGAGAUGAAUAUUCGUCUGUGGAAAGCUAAUGCUUCUGAAAAACUGGGCGUGCUUGCACCACGAGAGAAGUCAGCUAUGAAUUACAAUCAGAAGCUGAAGGAGAAGUUCCAGUACCACCCGAAGAUCAGACGCAUCGCUCAGCACCGUCACUUGCCCAAGAGUAUAUACUGCCAAAUCAAAGAGCAGCGUAUCAUGAGAGAAGCUCGUCGGCGAAAGGAACUGAAUCGCCGUAAGCACAGCAAACCAGGAUCUAUGCCAUUUGUGCCAGAGAGGAAGAAACAUAUUGUGGCAGUAGUGAAAUAAUUGUUUUCAAUUGUACAAAAUGUCACAAUGAAAGAGAAUAUCAUUAUUGACUGCAUCCACUGUAAAAAAAAAAAAAUAGAUGGACAUUGGUAAGACAGCAUACAGCUCCAGAAACAUGGCUUUUUCUUCCAAGUACACACAUGCUCUGGUUUCUCAAGCCAUCGUCUGCUUUGGGCAGUCAUGAGAAUUGGCCCUGUAAUCUUUUAUAGCCAUUUCCACAUCUGAGGUUGCCAUCCCAACGCUGUGUGUUGCAGUGGAGUUUGACCCUUUUGAUAUCUGCAGAUAACUUGGCAGUUGGUGGAGUAGUUCCAGUCUUAUUCCUCGGUACCGCUACUACAAAAGAAGGAUGAAAUAGAUUCAGAUUUGUCAUAGGCAAAACCUUUGUUCCUUGCAGAGUUAUAAAAUCAGUUGUCCGUAUAUUGGUUGGGUUUGUUUGGUUGUUUUUUUUUUUUUUUUAAACAAAUCUAAUAAAGUACAAGUGACCUUAA